UUUCUCAUUACUCCAUUCCACUCUCUCUCUCUCUCCUCUCUUCCCUCUCCCCAUGGAUUCAAUCUCAGCAUCUUCUCUCUCUCCAUACUACCAUAUCAUCUUCACAGCCUUAGCUUUUUUUGUCUCAGGCUUGAUCUUCUUGCUAACACGUAAAUCCAAGUCCAAGAAACUCAAUCUCCCACCGGGUCCACCGGGUUGGCCCGUUGUCGGAAACCUCUUCCAAGUCGCCUUCUCCGGCAAACCAUUCUUCCAAUACGUCAGAGACAUCCUCCCCAAGUAUGGCCCAAUCUUCACCCUCAAAAUGGGUACCAGAACCAUGAUCAUCCUCAGCAGUGCCGACCUCGUCCACGAAGCCCUUAUCGAAAAGGGUCAGCUAUUUGCUACCCGACCGCCCGAAAACCCGACCCGAACAGUCUUCAGCUGCGACAAGUUCACCGUCAACGCCGCCCUUUACGGCCCGGUUUGGCGGUCACUGAGGCGGAACAUGGUCCAAGGAAUGCUCAGCUCCACCAGGCUUAAGGAAUUCUUUAAUGUGAGGAACAAUGCAAUGGACAAACUCAUGGAACGUCUUCGGGUCGAGUCCGAGGCAAAUGGUGGGGUUGUUUGGGUCCUGAGAAAUGCCCGGUUUGCGGUUUUUUGCAUACUUUUGUCAAUGUGUUUUGGUGUGGAAAUGAGUGAAGAGACGAUUGAGAAGAUUGAUCAGAUGAUGAAAACUGUAUUGAUUACACUUGAUCCGAGGUUAGAUGAUUAUAUGCCACUUUUAAGUCCAUUUUUCUCUAAGCAACGCAAGAGGGCCAUGGAAGUUAGGAAUGAGCAAAUUGAAACGCUAGUCCCAUUUGUCGAGAAGCGCCGGAGGGCACUCGAAAACCCGGGAUCCGAUAAGACGGCGGCGUCAUUCUCGUACCUCGACACGCUCUUCGACCUCAAGAUCGAGGGCCGGAAGACAACUCCGACGAAUGCCGAGAUGGUGAGCCUCUGCUCGGAGUUUAUCAACGGUGGGACCGACACGACUGCCACGGCGAUCGAGUGGGCCAUCGGGCGAUUGAUCGAGAACCCGGAAAUCCAAACCCGGCUCUACGAGGAAAUUAGGGCAACGGUGGGUGACCGGAAAGUGGAGGAGAAGGAUGCAGAGAAGAUGGAGUACCUAAACGCCGUCGUAAAAGAGUUACUACGUAAACACCCUCCCACGUACUUUUCACUUACUCAUGCAGUGACUGAGACUGCCAAGUUGGCGGGUUAUGAUAUACCCACGAACACAAAUGUGGAGAUUUUCUUGCCGGGUAUUUCCGAGGAUCCGAAAUUAUGGUCCGACCCGGAAAAGUUUGACCCGGAUAGGUUUUUCACGGGCCGGGAGGACGCGGACAUGAUGGGGGUGACCGCAGUGAAGAUGAUGCCGUUUGGAGUUGGGCGGCGGAUUUGCCCCGGGUUGAGCAUGGCAACGGUUCACGUGAAUUUGAUGCUGGCCCGAAUGGUUCAGGAAUUCGAGUGGACGGCCCACCCGAAAAAUAGCAAGGUGGAUUUUAGUGAGAAGUUGGAAUUCACUGUGGUGAUGAAGAAUCCUCUAAGAGCUAAGAUCAAGCCAAGGACUUGAAGAGGUGAUUUUAGAUUUAUAUAUGUCAUAAAUAAUUAUUAUAUAUGUGUCGUAUUUUGUGACAAUUAGUAUUUGGUUUGUUACGUUGAGUUGUUCUUUUUUGUUUUUGAAAGUGUAAUGGGAUUUUAAUUUCGGUGGGAUAUUUGUUUUUAUAUAUGGCUUUCGUGUUUGUUGGCUAGCUUAGUACUACGUUUGACUAUUUUUAAAGUCUGGUUGUGUUUGCUCUGAAAUAUUAUGAUACAAACAAAAGAGACAAUGCACUCUUGUGACUAGAA